ACACCACGCCAUGAUCUUUAACCUCUCAGAAUCCUUGACCGAGUUUCAGUCGGCGGAAAAAGGUUCCUUCAGCGUUAGCGACCCCGAACACAAGCUUGAUGCCAUUGCGCAAGCGCUCACCAACAACCCCGGGGCGUUAGGCGCCGACGACGUCUUUGAGCCCUUAGAGGAGCUCGUUCUCGCUUAUCCCAGCUUAUCGCAGGAACAUCAACGCGAUGUAUCCAACCUCAUCUCCUCCAGCAUGCGCGAACAGGCGUCGCACACGCUCCAGACGGUGACAGCGGGCGAUGUGGACGUGUUUCCGGACCACAAGCAGCUCUUGGAGCUCUACGGGUAUCUCAUGUACGGCGUUUUAACGUAUCUCGGGGCGGAAGACCAUUCAGCAGCGGUGUCACUGGCUGGUAAGAAGGCCACGCCACAGGCCAAGUUGGCCUUUGAGGUUAACUGCAAACAGCUCGAGGACUGUAUGGAGGCUAUCACAAUCCUCUUCCGAAUCGAGCUUUCCAAGCUCUUUGUAACAACCCCGGAACGCGAUCUCUAUGUCAGUCUCUUCACCAGACCCAUCUACAUGUUGAUGGAGAACGAGCAGCGCGUGAAGCAAGUAGCCAUCAAGAUGUUCAUGUUCCGCGUCAUCGCAAUGGCCAUCAAGUCGCAUGGCCACGCGUCCGCCGCGCAGAAUGCCAUCAUGCAGAACCUCACAUACUUCUUUCACUUGACCGGCACCAUGGCAGAGUUGCUCAAGGUGGUGGCUGAAGAGUACGACUAUACAAAUAUCACCGACGAGGUGUUGCGCGAAAUAUCUAACAAGCGAUUCAAUAGCAACGAUACAAACGGCCCGAAAACGAUCUCGGCCUUCAUCGUCCGCUUAUCCGAGUUGAUUCCGCGCGUGGUGAUGAAGCAGAUGUCGUACAUUGCCAAGUUGCUUGACAACAGCGCGUACACGUUGCGCUGCUCCGUUGUGGAGGCGUGCGGGAACAUCACUGUGGCGCUCUGCCACGAUGACGAGGAUUUGGAGCGUCACCAGAACCAGAUCAUGGGCUUUAUCGACCUUCUUGACGAGCGCUUCUUAGACCAAAACCCAUUCGUGCGCACCAGGGCUGUCCAGGCCCUCAUAAAGCUCUGCGACUUGGAUGUCAAGUUCAACAACCGCCGCCAGAAAAUGACUGAGUUGGCCGUGCGCAGUCUUGAGGACCGCAGCUCGUUGGUGCGGCGUAACUCUGUCAAGUUAAUGUCCAAGCUUCUCUCUACGCAUCCGUUCGACUCGUUACAUGGGUCACAGUUGGCGUUGGGGGUCUGGAGGAAGCGUUUGAACGGAGCCGAGGAGGAGAUGCGGCGGCUUAUGCGUGAGGCUGGCAUCGAUGUUGAGGAGACCGAGAGAGUUGCCCGUGCCGAAACUAGUUUAGAAUCGGAGGAAGGAGACAGCCCAGAUGUGGAUAUGGACGGAGGUAACGAGGACAUAGAUAUGGAUGGAGAUAAUGUGGACAUAGAUAUGGAUGGAGAUAAUGAGGACGCUGACACGAACGGGGAUAAAGACGAGGCAGAUACUUCCGCGAUGACUCCUGCCAUUAAUCUGGUAGACGCAAGCCUUCUUGUCAAGGCCAAGUUGACCGUUCAGUACUACACUGAAUGUGUCACCUUUAUUGAGACGCUCCACGUGGGGAUUGAGAUGGCAGCACCGUUGUUAUACUCCACGAACAAGAAUGAGGUCUUGGAAACGAUGGAUUUCUUUGUGUUCGCUGAUGCCUAUGCCAUUGAGACCGCCUCGGUUGGUAUUCGCCGCAUGCUCCACCUUGUGUGGUCGAAGGGGGCGAGUGAAGAAGGGAAGAGCAUUUCUACCCAUUUGAUGGAAUGCUAUCGCGACUUGUUCCUCACCGCACCCACGGGUGCGCGCGAGCUUGAGGUGGCUACAUAUAUCGCCAAAAACUUGAUUGAGUUGACCUACAACUCCUCCGUCGCCGAUUUGGCGUCGUUAGAGAAGCUCUUGUGUCUUAUGUACGAGGACGGGUUGGUUCGCGACUCUGCGAUCAAGAUCUUGUGGCAGACGUACAACCUAAACAAAGAGCUUCCACAAAAACAACGUCGGGGGGCCAUCACUGUGUUGGGGAUGUUGGCAUUGGCGAACCACGAGAUUGCGUUGAAUGGCUUGGAUGCGUUGUUGAACGUUGGCUUGGGCGAGAAGGGCCGUGACGACCUUAUUCUUGCCAGAUUCACCUGUAUCUGUCUCCAGCGUAUCGUGCCGGGUAGCAAACAGGCUGUCCAGUUUCGCAUUGCGCGCGAGCGUGAGGCCAUCGACAAGUUGUCCGAAUAUUGCUUGUUGUACAGCGAGGACAACGAGUGGUACACGGUCGCUGAGGAGGCCAUCAGCGCUAUCUACAACAUCGCAUCGCAUCCUGAUGAUCCGGCCACGCACAUCGUCAGAGCUAAAACCCUACAGGUUUUUGAACCCAGCACCGACAGCUCCCGAUCCCAGGUUAUUGCCUUAUCCCAGCUUUUGUUUAUUGUGGGGCACGUCGCAAUUAAAACCAUUGUGCACUUGGAAAAGUGCGAGGCAGAGUUCAAGAAGAAGAAGAUUCUAGCGGAGGCCAAAAAGGACCUGGAUGAUAAGGAAAAUGAGGCGCAGAACGAGCUUGAAAUGAUCGGGGGUACCUCCGAGGACGACUUUGCGGAUGCGAUUGCGAUCAUCAAGGAGAGACAGUUGUUGCACGGCGAGAAGUCUCUUUUGGCCAAAUUUGGGCCCUUGGUGAAGGAAAUCUGUCUCAACAAUAUGCGAUACGAAAACGAAAUCUUGCAGAGGUCCGCUGUGUUGUGCAUGGAGAAGUUGAUGUGCGUUUCCUCGGCCUACUGCGAGGAGAACCUCCAAUUGUUGAUUACCAUCAUGGAGAAGUCCCCUGACCCAAUCAUCCGGAGUAACGCCGUGCUCGGUCUCGGUGACAUGGCGGUGUGUUUCAACAACUUGGUUGAUGAAAACACCGAUUUCCUCUACAAGAGAUUAACCGACGAGAAUAUAAUGGUCCAGAGAACUUGUUUGAUGACGGUGACGUUUUUGAUUUUGGCUGGUCAGGUCAAGGUGAAGGGCCAGUUGGCCCAGAUGGCCAAGUGUCUCGAGAACCCCGACCAAGGCAUCUCAGACAUGUGCCGCUUGUUCUUCACCGAGUUGGCAACCAAGGACAAUGCGAUCUACAACGGGUUUAUCGACAUUUUCAGUGGGUUGUCCAACGACGAGCUGUUGGAGAAAGACUCCAUGAAGCGGAUUGUCAAGUUCUUGUUGAGCUUCAUCGUCAAGGAGAGACAUCAGAAGCAGUUGUCGGACAAGUUAAUGGCGAGGUUGAGCAAGUCUGAGACCCAGGAUGAGUGGAAUGAUGUCGCUUUUGUCUUGAACACUUUGCCAUUCAAAAAUGACGCCAUUACAGCAACCUUGGAAGAGGGGUUUAAGAUGGUUGCUGCUCGUUAAGCAGAUAAUUUAUAAUAAAUGAUGUGUAAAGAUGUGCAC